AUGGAUAUUGAAAUUGCAUCAGUUCUCAAUCGGAAGCCUAUCAUGAAACCAUUUCCUCAUCCUAAAAAGCAAGAUCAAUUUCAGUUCGGUUUUAUUGAUAAUGAAUUAUGGGGAAUUGCUUGCAAGAUGAAGGAGAAAGAAGAAGUAAAGCAUUACAUGGUGUUCAUAAGAGAUAAACAUCUUUAUUCCACUUUCAUUCUGAAUCAAAUUGUUGCAAAGACUGAAGCUAAUAAGAAGAACAAAGUGGGAGAUGUAAAGUGUAUUGCAGAUAUGACCAAGUGGUGGAUAGUCAUUCAGACGACUAUAUUGCAAACCAUUAUGAAGAUGUUUGAAGUGAAGGAGAAAGAGGCGAAAGAGGAAGAAAAAACCAUUUCGACAACUAGACACAAAGGGGGAGAUUGUUAA